AUGUCACAUGCUCGCUAUGCCCUUAGCGAGGAUGAAGACGAACGUAUUGUCACACGCCAGGCCGUAAAGGAAGAGCCGGUGACUCGUAUCACAGAUGAGAGGCCUGCUAUAGUGCAAUUAUCUCACGCUUGGCUUAACGAAAGGGGCUCGCCUGAACUCCAGCCAUGGCCAGCGGAAAUCGUGGAUACUGUGCUAGACCAGCUCCAGCAGCAGCAAUCUAUUCUAGACUCCUUGAUGUCUGAUACAUCCACCUCGGAGGAAGAGCACUUCCGAUUAAACCUUGUACAAUUAGAUGCGGAACGAAGCAAGUGGCUCCUUCGGAGUUUCUUGCGAACACGACUAGAAAAGCUGGAGAAAUAUGCUUCGCACUUGGUGACGAAUCGAUCAGAGCAAACGCGGCUAUCCCCUAUGGAGCUGGGUUAUGUCAAACGCUACGACCAGCUCUUGUCUGAUCAUUUUCAAAAUGCCGUGUUGCAAUACUUGCCUGAACCGAUGCGCUCGUUGAACGACCCGCCACCUGGUGGCUCCUUGUCGAAUGUGGGAAGCAUGAUUGUGUCACCUCAACUAGACAGUCCUGUUUUCAUAUAUUGUCGCGAUGAUGGCGGCUCGAUUGUUUUACCCGAUGGCGAGUCUCUGGCGCUCUUACCUGGUUCUAUUCACUUGUUGCCCUAUCGAGCCAUUCGGGCGGUGCUUGAACAGCGCCGCGUAGAAUUAUUGUAA